AAAACUGACAAAAAGAGACGACAUAUUUUUAAGUUUUGACUAUAAUUCUUGAUUUCCGUCACCGGUGGCCGGUGGGAUCUGUGGAGGAGUUGGGAAGUGCGUGUUUCAGUUUCUAACCAUUUACUUCUUUUUCUCUCUCUAGACACGCGUGAGUCUCUGGUUUAUGAUGAUAUCACCGACGCGGAUCCUUGCCAGGUCAAUGGUUUGAUCUUGAGAGACUUAUCUCCUUUUUAAUCGGCAAAAGGUCUGAAAUCUUGAAAUCUGAUCUCAGUCUUCAAUCUCUCUCACCCAAACAUGAUGCACAUGAGAACCAAAGCACCGGAGCCGACUAUGGCCGCCGCCGGCGCCGGUGGUGGUGAUAAUGAAUGGGAGGUCCGGCCAGGAGGAAUGCUAGUCCAGAAGCGAGAUCCGAAUGAAGAACAGACCCGUAUACCUCCACCUACUAUAAGAGUUCGUGUCAAAUACGGGUCCAUUUACCAUGAAAUCCGUAUCAAUUCCCAAGCCACUUUUGGUGAAUUGAAGAAGAUGUUAACCGGACCAACAGGACUACACCAUGAAGAUCAAAAAAUUAUGUACAAAGAUAAAGAAAGAAGCUCCAAAACUUUUCUCGAUGUUGUCGGCGUGAAGGAUCGAUCGAAAAUGGUGGUGUUGGAAGAUCCGAUUAGCCAAGAGAAAAGAUACAUCGAGAUGCGAAAGAACGCAAAAAUGGAGAAGGCGGCGAAAUCGAUAUCUGAAAUUAGCUUAGAGGUCGAUAGACUCGCUGGCCAGGUGUCGGCGCUUGAAUCGGUGAUCUCUAAAGGCGGGAAAGUGGCGGAGAAGACGAUGUUGAAUCUGAUCGAGUUACUGAUGAACCAACUGCUUAAAUUGGACGGAAUUAUGGCGGAAGGAGAUGUGAAAUUGCAAAGAAAAAUGCAGGUGAAAAGGGUUCAAAAGUACGUGGAAGCUCUCGAUGUUUUGAAGAUUAAAAACUCAAUGCCGGAGCAGCCGCCGGCAGAACCGAAGCAUUCAAACGGGCAUGGUAGCGCCGCCUCACCAAACCACCCAUUUCCUAAAUCCAGACGGUCUGUUGGGCAUUUUCCACCUAUACCGGUGGCGCCUAAACAGCAACCACCACCACAACCGCCGAGGAACUCAGGGGAGGUUGUGGUGACUACACAAUGGGAGACUUUUGAUUCGAUGCCGACGGCAGCGCCACCGUCAUCAUCCAGCAAUACAAUACAUCAUCCCAAAUUCAGCUGGGAUUUACUUUAAAUUAGUUAUUAUUAUUUUUUUUUUAAAGAAAAGAAUUAUAUAGUAUCUUAAUAGUGUGUGAAUUGUGAAAGUGUUUCUUUUGAUAUGGCAUCUAUUGUCGUCUAUUCUUUGCUGUACCUAGAGUUUUUAUGUUUCUUUUUGGGGUCAUUCCCUUUACAAAUAAACGGGUAUAUCUUUUAUAUUAUAUACUAAUAAAUCUCGCUUUAUGUUGUUUC